AAAAAAAUUACAAAUUAAAAAGAAUUAACAAUAAAAAGAAUAACAAAACAAAUGAGUUAAAAACUAAUUUGUCCAGUCCAUCUAGAUAAUCCUAUCAUAUUUUUAAACAUGGAAAAAUGUUAAGAAAGUGCAUUAUCGUGCGCUUUAUGUGUUUCUGAAAAAUAGCAUCAAUAUAAUUUGUUACCAAUCUAAAAGCUAAAGUAAAUUGAUGAAGAAUCUCUGUUUGAUUCAUGGCCGCCAUUUUAAGAAAGAAAAUAUGAUAAUGUUAACGAUAUAAGGAAAGAAGUGAAAAUCUUGAUUGAGUCUAAAUAACAAAAAGUUGAAGAAAUCAAUAAUUGGUUUGACUAAUUACUUACCCAAAUCCAUAAUCAAAUUAUUGAAAAAAAAAAUAGCAUACUAAGAUAGGCAGAAAAAGCAUCUUAGCUCAGAGAAGAUAUUAUAAAAAAGUAUUUUGAGUACUCUCAAAAUUUAAAUAUUAAGAAAUGCCUAAAAUCAAAUUAAUCAGUUGAUUAAAUAGAAAAAUAAUUAUAAAAUUUAAUAAAAUAAGUUCAUGAAAAGUCGGAGAGCUAAACAUUAAUGUUUUAAAACUUGAUAUCAUUUUAUAAAUUUAUAAAUUCAUAUAACAAAUAUCCUUUGUAAGACAGUUAAGAGGAUAUUAUUAUUUCGAUUAAAAAUAUUGAUUUUUUCAAUUUUAACACUGAAGAUAUAGAUUUAUCAGGAUCAAACAUUGAAAAUUUAUUUAGUGAUCAAGAUAAUUUUGAUGAACUUAGAAAAUUAAUAUCUGAAAAAACCAAAGAAGAUUAUGAUAGUUUUAAAGAAUUAGAUAUUUUUAUGAAAAAUUCUUAAAAUUAAAUCUCUACUACAAAUUCAUUUAUUGCCUCAGAUAUUUGUUAAUAACUAAAUUUUCUAAAAAUAGAAAAUAAUAAAUAAAAAUAAAUUGAUAUUCGCUUUGACAACUUAAACUUUAAUCUGUUUAAAAUUGAAAGAAGUUAACUAUUUUGUUACUUUAAAAAGGGUUUGAAUCCAAAAAAGAAAUAUACAUUUAGGAUUAGAAGUAAAUCAUUUGUAAGUGGUUCUACUAAAAUAAAUGUAGGAUUAAUCAAAAGUCUCAAGGAAUAUUUCCCUGAUAUAGAUAUUAAGAUAAAUAAUAAUCAUAAUAACACCAACACAUAAACUGAAGAAUUAGAAUUCAGGAUUUGUAUUAAUGAUAAUUUAUUUACAGUUAUGAGUUAUCCAAAUUACAACACCAUUUGUAGAUACACAAUUCUAUACAAAUAGAUUAAUAAUGCUUCUCUAACUAACUAAAAAGCUGAGAAAAAUAAUUUUUAAUCUUAAUCAUAGAUUAGCAUUUUUGGUAAAAAAGUCGACCAACAAAAUAUCAGUCAAAAUCUUUUCUCUUAAAAUUAAAGUAAUAAUUGUAACAAUAAUACUAAUUUCUAGAAUUAGGAAAAAAUACAAAUAAAUAGCCCUACUUGUUCAUUAUUUGGCUAAAAUAAUUGUGCUAAUAAUGAUUGUAUUACUAGGUAGGGAAAUGAAUCAGUUUCUUAAAGUAUUUUCUAGAAUUUUAGCUUAGGAAAUAGUCAUAAUUAAUAAUACUAAGAAAAAACAAAGUUAUAUCCAGCAUAUUCUUAAGGAUUAAUAAGUAAAAAUAAUGUGGGAUUAUUUUCAAAUUUAAAUUAAAAUCCUACUUAGAUAUUAAGUAGUUAAGAUACUUAGAAUAUUAACACUUAACAAAAAGAGCCAGCAAGCCUAACAUAAAAUCCUACUAAUUGUAACAAUAAUGGCACAAAUUAAAUAAAUUCAUAACAAUAAAAUUUAUUUAAUAUAAGCAUAGGAAAUAAUCAAAAUUAAUAAUACUAAGAAAAAACAAAUUAAUGUCCUUAGAUUUAAGAAGCAUCUUCUUAAGGAUUAAUAAGUAAAAAUAAUGUAGGCAUAUUUUAGACAAAUUUAAAAUAAAAUCCUGCUUAGGUAUAAAGUAGUUAAGAUACUCUGCAAGCUAAUAUUUAAUAAAAAGAGUCGGCAAACUUAAUAUAAAAUCCUACUAAUUGCAGCAAUGAUAACACAAAUUAAAUAAAUUCAUAACAAUAAGGUUUAUUUUAACCAUAUUUAAAUAAUAAAAAUACCAAUAAUACAGUAUUAGAAACAUAAAGAGGAAAUACUUUUUAAUCAUCAUAGUAUUCUUAAGGAAUUUUCGGUGAAAAGAUGAUUCCAGAUAAUUGGAGAGAUAAUACUACUUCAUAUUAAUAAUAACAAAAUAAUACUCCGUUAUUUGCUACAUAAAAAUUCUAACAAUAACAAAACACACUCAAUUAGUAAACUCAAAAAAUUAACGAAUAGAGAAAUAAUUAGAUUUUAUAAAAUGGAAUUUUCUAAAAUUAAAGCUCUUUAUUAGAGUAUUAUUUCGCUAUUUAAUUUAUUUACUGGAAUGGAGAUGAAUAAUUUACAGUAACUUACUUUAGCGAAUCUGAUUCUUACAUUGAUGGAGUUUAUAAAUAAUCCUUUUGA